AUGGCAUCCGACUGCGAGGAGAGCGCUGCGGUGCUUUCGACAAAGAUGCUCCGCCUGAUGAACGAGAAGCUCCCGCUCGAGCUGCGCGAGCAAAUCUACCGCGACGCCUUCCCUGAAAUCCGCUCGACGAGCAAAGCCGACCGCGUUCCCAUCCUGCUGGAUCGACCGUGUUUCUUGAUGGGGCGGGGUCUGCCACACAACUCCCACACCUGCCGGCUAUGCACACCUUCGCGGUGGGCCAAGUUCAGACGCUCACCCUUUGCUGAUGCCACCAAAAAUCCCAACGCCUGCGAGUUCAUCCGGGCCUACCUCCGCGACGUCACCUUCUACUGGAACGCGAGGGCCACCGAGGCUGGACGAAUGGGCCACUUCCCAGUAGGUAUGAACGAUUUCUUGCGCGAUGUCCGCUCUCUUGGGCACCCCGAUGUGUUCAUCAACGUCGUCGUCGCUCCAUUUGACAAGGAGGUGGAUGCUGCCUUGCAGCAUCUCUCUUGGACCAUUGGCGUUUUUUACCUGAAUGGGAUGAAGGCUGUCUUGUCGUACGAGCACGAAGAUGUGUCCCUCGCCGACGCCCUCCUGCGGUCCGCCGAACUCGUCGCCUCAUCGAUCCCUCAUCACUCCCGACAGCACAUCCGACAGCUCCGAAAACGCUUCCCCGGGCGUCGAUGGGCGAAGGAUUUCAUCCACGAAUCGGUGUGGGACUGGCUCUUCCGCGCCCCAGCCUGGUUGGAUGGCGAUGCUCUCCCCGUGCAGAUGCUGCAGGACGACGCGGAGGUACGGCGGACGUUCCAAGCGUCUCGCGAGAGACAGCCAGAGUCACCACGCGCGUGGCGAACGAGCCGCGCCUUCGCAGGCGACUGA